AGAGCCGGCCGAGGGGUAGAAGAAGACGGGAGCAGUGUCAUGGAGGCAGGUCUGGCCUGCUGGCUGUCUGUCGACCUGCUCCCUGGCUUACCUGACAGUGCUCGCCAGUGUUUCCAUAGCCGCGUACACCGAUGGAUCGUCCCGCGAUCCUCUCGUGAGCCCGUUGUGCUCGCCACGAGCUGACACUCUAUCUCGCCCUUGCUCUCUUCUCCCUCUCUUCAUCCCCCUGAUCGGACAGCAUCCGUGGGACUCGUCGUGGCGGACGUGGUCGCAGGCUGAUCGCCGGUGAAACACCUGAAGAACCGUGGACCGAGGGGAAAAGAGGACUAUCGUUGUGUGCCGGGAGGCUCGGAGGUAGACGCAGCCUGGCACUUCAGGAUCGCUCGCUCCUCUCCGCAGGGAAAACCGGGUGAAGCGGCCGCGGUGACGGGCAGGGAGGGAAGGGAAGUGACACGUUGCGAUACGAUCGAUCCAACGGCGAAGUUACAUGCGUUUAAACGGACUGCCUUUCGGCGAGCGAUCGCGGGGGAACAAUGUGCUCGUGACAGACAAGCCGUGGCUGGAAAUCGGUACCUGCCGGUCGGCGUGCUCCCGGUGUCCUCGCUCGUCUUAGCUUCGAGUCGCUUCGCUCUCUCUCUCUCGGGGCUGCGUUCCUUCGGUUCCCCGAUAGUUCGCCUCGCGUGUUUCCUUUUUUCCGGAGCGGACGCCAGGGAAGAAACGCGAGAGACACACCGGCGAAGGAGGAAACGGAUAAAACGUGGGCGUUGAGUGAUUGUUGUCCGUGCUAGUUUCCAUUCGGAGUCAUGAGAGAUACCAGCGAUAUGAUGGAGGACGCCUUGUCCGAGGAUACUAUAAUGGACUGCGGGGAUGAUGUAAGCGGGCUCGAAGACCUCGUCGAACUGGCCACCGACGUCGCAGACUCGUCUCCGACGAUCCGAGAUGCCGCGGAGAGGUUGCUGACGUUGUUGGGCGUGGACGACGAGAACGAGGACCUGUUGUCCUCAUCGGAGGACGAGGGAGUGGAACUGGACGAGCUGGAGGACGAGGAAGAGGAGCAGGAGAACACCAGGCUGCUGCAUCAGCUGGCAGCGUCGCUGGCAGCCGAGCUGAAGCAGUCCCAUCAGAAGCAGAAUCCGGCGUCCAGGCUUCAAUCCAGGAGUUCCUGCGACAGGGACCGCAUGGACCUCGAGUCCAGUUACCUGGAACACGACUGUCACGAGGAGGACGUCAAAGGAACGUCCCGUUAUCACGAGGACAUCCCGGAAAAGUGGCAGAGGCAGAGCUCGUCGAGUUCCUGCGGCAAGCAGCAAGGUUUCACCGAGUCCUACGAGUGUCUCGAUCAUCGUUUGAGGAUGGAAGAGGACCUCGAGGACAGCGGAAGCUAUCAGGAACAGGUCCCAGCGUCUUGGAGUGCUGGAUGGGACGCAUGCGCCACGGAAGCGCUGAGAUACCUCGUGGAGGAUGAGGGCCUGCCGCCCCAUCAUCCCACGGUCCUAGCUAUGAAGGACCAUCUGGAGCUGCAGAGGGAGCGCGCGUUCGCACAGUACACCGCGUAAACCCAGCGAUUCUAUCGGUAUUUUUUUAAGGAAGCCUCGUCGGCUGACUGGCCUUCGUCUCCCGGAGUUGCUGGCCCAAUCGCGAUCGCGAUCGAUUCGAGCGGGAGGUUGCUUCCUGCUCGGGAGAGAGGAUUGAAGGAGCGAUCGAGCGUGUAGGCUGGACUGGUGAUCGCAUUGUCACCUGUUACGAUGUUUUUGCAGGAUGAAUGGGAUAUAGAGAGUAUCUUGGAAGUUUUAUCUGAGUUUCUUCUUAAUUUCAAAUUGAAAAUUACACACGGGAGAAUCGGAACUCGAAGUUUCUGGGGCUCUUUCGGGCAGGUUGAUAUUCGAGAUUGAUCGCGACAGCGCGGCAUUAAAAUUGAACGAAGCUCAUUGAGAUGCAGCGCGCGUUCACCGGUAUCAGAUAUUUUCUGCUACCAUUCUGGAAGAGUAUUUUAUAUUCUUAUUAAGCGCGCGACGUCCCGUCCCGUGUUCCCGAGUCGGCAAAUAACUUUCUUCGAGUUCGGCAUUCGAAUUGUAACACGAAGUGACUUCUUGUGUCGGCGGAUAAUGAACAGUUGACGAAAGUAGUUUUCAGUACAUUUCUCCUUGAUUGGCGCGACUUCAAUUGCACUUCGCCACGGUGUGCCUCCGUGAAGUUGUGUUUCAAUUGCUUUCACUUCGCAGAAGAAGUCGCUCGGGAAUUCACGGAACACGGUGACACCGUCGGUCGCCGCGUUUUAUUCUUGGACGAUCGCGCGGAAAACCAUGAAUGCAAAUUACUCCGUUGCCCGGCGGACUGUCUCAUAUUCGCUCCUCAAUCGCCUCGGCCGCCAUGAUCGCUGGGCAGGCGUUCCCGUUCGCGGCGGAGAUGAAUCUCUUCUCAUUCAAAUUAUGAAAUGCAUUCACCGUGUGUUUGUAAAGCGAACGACGCGGCGCUUUCACGCGCUGCGGUCGCGAGACCGUGCUCGUUGAGCGGACGCGGAAUUCUCCGUCGACUUCUGGAGGACGCGCGGCUCUUCUUCGGAGACGAACGAGUUCUCUCGCAGCGAUAUUGCCGCGAGAACCACCGUGGAUUCCACGGAAUUGCGAUCAGGAGUGAAUCUUGGCUCUUCGACCUCGUUACACUCGCUCGCUUGGAGAUGCAGAAGGUAAAGCUAGUCGCAAGAUUUAACCCUUUGCGGACGAAUGUCGGCGUUUUGCCGGGAUCAAUCUUCCAUGCUUGGAAUACCAAGUUGCCAGCAAAUGAUUUCACUAUUGGGACAGCAAGAUAUCAGUACACAGUUUCCUUAUUCUCGAUGAAUUAAGCAGUCGGUAUUUAAUUUAGCAGAAUUUGCGAAAGGUUUUGUAUACUUUCAACAAUCUUCGUCCGCAAAGGGUUAAUUCCAUUGGAGUAUACAAGUAACGAGAGUCGCAGAUGCAUUGGGGACAUCUUCUCUGUGACUUGAUUAUUCCACUUCUUGUCUAUUUCAAUUUAAUCGAGACGUUUCUGAAACGUUCGCUCUUGUUUUUGAAACAUUGCCCGUCUUUGUUUAGGAAAGUUCAAGUCAUGAAUAUUCAUGGAGGAACUUUCUAGAACAUUUUCCUGUUUCUCACUCGUUUCACGAAGUUUCUUGGGUAAAUCUUUCAUCCGCGAGGAAAUAGAGCUAGAAUAUAGAAAAGAGUACGGCGAUAGUGAAGACGUGGAAGAGUUCACUGGCUAAGGUUCAUCCUCGAUCGAUCACGAAAUGAUUCAUCGUUUUGUACUAGAUUAUUUCCCUAAAUGAUAAGAAUCCACCGAGUCGCCGGUACGUUCACCAGCGGGUAAUUAAAAGGGAGCUCUAUAGAUCCGCGAUUGUUCGGGUUCCUGCGGUGGAACCGAGCUGAGAAUUAAAUGGAGGACGAACUUAACUUCCAAUGGCGGAUCAGACUCGGACGAUUUCCGUUCGACCACCGAACCAAUCAAGCCCUUGAUUUUCUCUUUGU